AUGGAUAAAGCCAUUCAGCAUCCCCGUGUGAGUCUGUCUAAUCAAACUAUCACUAACAUUAGCUAUUCUCAGUUUUUGAACUUUGAUACAUGCCAACCUUCCUUUCCCGCGGAACUCUUGCUUAUUACAGCUUACACAUUAGUGACAAUAGUGGGGCUUUUUGGAAAUCUUUGCCUGAUUAUUAUAAUAAAGAGACGGAAAGAAGCUCAAAAUGUUACCAACAUUUUGAUUGCCAACCUCUCCCUAUCAGAUGUCUUGAUCUGUAUCAUGUGUAUUCCUGUCACGGUUGCAUAUACCUUAAUGGACUACUGGAUAUUUGGGGAAGCUAUGUGUAAAAUAAGCUCUUUCAUACAAAGUAUAUCUGUCACAGUCUCCAUUUUCUCGCUUGUACUGAUCGCUAUUGAGAGAUAUCAGUUAAUUGUGAACCCACGUGGCUGGAAGCCUAGUAUUUCACAUGCUUACUGGGGAAUUCUUUUCAUCUGGGGUUUCUCCCUCAUAAUAUCCAUUCCUUUUUUAAUAUUUCACCAAUUAACAGAUGAACCCUUCAAACAUCUGUCUUUCCAUAGUGAUUUCUACAAGAACAAGGUUGCUUGCAUCGAAGCAUGGCCAUCCGUUACGGAACGACUGAUUUUUACUACUAGCCUGCUGCUUUUCCAGUACUGCUUCCCCCUGGGGUUUAUUUUUAUCUGCUAUCUCAGGAUAUUUGUAUGUCUUCGAAGGCGGCAGGGUAAGAUAGACAGGAUGAGGGAGAAUGAGAGCAGACUGAGUGAAAACAAAAGGAUUAAUGUGAUGUUGAUCUCAAUUGUUGGGACUUUCGCAGCUUGCUGGUUGCCUCUCAAUAUAUUCAAUGUUGUUUUUGACUGGAAUUAUGAGGCACUAAUGAGCUGUAAUCACAACCUAGCAUUUACAAUAUGCCACCUGGUGGCCAUGAUGUCAACAUGUAUCAACCCCAUCUUUUAUGGAUUUCUCAACAAGAAUUUUCAGAAGGAUUUGAUAGAAUUAGUUCACCACUGCAGGUGCUCAGCGUCACAAGAGGAAUAUGAAAAUAUUGCCCUUUCAAAUCCGCAAACUGAUGCAUCUAAGGGAUCUCUGAAAUUAAAAAAUCCCCCUGUGGAUAUCUAA